UCCACCAUCCACUUUUCGAGUCAUGGAGAACAUUACAGCAUUGUAUCCAACCUCCAACGUCACACUCCUGGGUAGCACUUCUCGCAAUAUCACUAAAUAUGAAGAUUACGGCCAUGAGGACUAUGUAAAAUCCCCUCUGGAUUACUUCACUUUGGUGGUCUAUUCUUUGGCUUUUCUACUAGGGACAACUGGGAACGGCCUGGUCCUCUGGUUCACUAUCUUCAAGAUGAAGAAGACGGUCAACGUCAUUUGGUUCCUUCAUUUAUCUAUCGCUGACUUCACUUUCACCUUGUUUCUCCCCUUGAGCAUCAUUUACUUGGCCAAUGACCUAAACUGGGUCUUCGGGACCUUCAUGUGUAAAUUGCACAGGACAAUAUUCUUUAUAAAUCUAUUUGCAAGCGUCUUCCUGCUCGCCGUCAUCAGUAUAGAUCGUUGUAUAUCUGUAAUCUUUCCAGUUUGGUGUCAAAACCACCGAACACCAAGACUGGCUUCCUUCGUUGUCACAGCUGUUUGGAUCCUGGCUAUUAUACUUAGCUUACCAUACUUUAUAUUUCGAGACACCAUUGCGUAUAAUGAUGGCUACCGUUGCUAUAACAACUUUGCACUUGGAGACUCAGAAGAUAUUGGUAUAUCCCGGCACAAGGGGACAAUCAUAUACCGAUUCAUUAUGGGAUUUUUAAUUCCUUUCACCAUCAUUGUCACGUGUUAUACUGUGAUUGGCAUGCGUAUCCAUCGAAACCACAUGACCAGCUCCACCAAGCCCUUCAAAGUCCUAGUUGCUGUGAUAGUUUCUUUCUUCAUCUGUUGGGUUCCUUAUCAUAUCUUCUCCUUUCUGGAAUUGUAUUCAAUUUAUCACUAUGAUGGACAUGAGUAUGAUACAAUUAGUGUUGGGAUCCCUCUCGCCACCAGCCUGGCCUUCAUGAACAGCUGUGUCAAUCCUUUUCUCUAUGCUUUUAUUGGUCGGGACUUUAAGAAAAAAUUUUGGUGGUCCAUGCAGUCUAUAUUAGAGAGAAUUUUCAAUGAGGACCCAAGAGAAGGGUUAUGUUAAUGUAAGUCUAACUCUCAGGUUGUCUCCUUGAAGGAAUCACUAUCCUAUCUGAAGGUCAUUAUGGAUUACAAUGUUUUCCAUAUGAAUAAUGCCUGGACUGAAUGACUGAAUAAGGAUUUGAAGACCAUUUGAAAGGAAAAAUCAGCCCAAAAUCAGAGUUUCCUUCAAGGGGUACUCUGAUGGAAAACUUUCAAAACAUUUUUCAAACCAA